AUGCGUGAGAUUGUUCACCUCCAGACCGGUCAAUGCGGUAACCAAAUCGGUGCCGCUUUUUGGCAAACCAUCUCUGGCGAGCAUGGCCUCGACAGCAAUGGCGUUUACAAUGGCACUUCUGAGCUUCAGCUCGAGCGUAUGAGCGUCUACUUCAACGAGGCCUCCGGCAACAAGUAUGUUCCUCGCGCCGUCCUCGUCGAUUUGGAGCCUGGUACCAUGGAUGCCGUCCGCGCCGGUCCUUUUGGUCAACUGUUCCGUCCGGACAACUUCGUUUUCGGCCAGUCCGGUGCUGGCAACAACUGGGCCAAGGGCCACUACACUGAGGGUGCCGAGCUGGUGGACAAUGUUUUGGACGUGGUGCGUCGUGAGGCUGAAGGCUGCGACUGCCUCCAGGGCUUCCAGAUCACCCACUCUCUCGGUGGUGGCACUGGUGCCGGCAUGGGCACCUUGCUCAUCUCCAAGAUCCGCGAGGAGUUCCCCGACCGAAUGAUGGCCACCUUCUCUGUCGUCCCCUCUCCCAAGGUCUCCGACACCGUCGUUGAGCCCUACAACGCCACCCUUUCCGUCCACCAGCUCGUUGAGAACUCGGACGAGACUUUCUGCAUCGACAACGAGGCUCUGUACGACAUUUGCAUGCGUACCCUCAAGCUGGCCAGUCCUUCUUACGGUGACCUGAACUACCUGGUCUCCGCCGUCAUGUCCGGCGUCACAACCUGUUUGCGAUUCCCCGGCCAGCUCAACUCUGAUUUGCGCAAGCUGGCUGUCAACAUGGUUCCUUUCCCUCGUCUUCACUUCUUCAUGGUUGGCUUCGCGCCCCUGACCAGCCGUGGUGCCCACUCUUUCCGAGCCGUCAGCGUUCCGGAGCUCACCCAGCAGAUGUUUGACCCCAAGAACAUGAUGGCUGCUUCCGACUUCCGAAAUGGUCGCUAUCUGACUUGCUCGGCCAUUUUCCGCGGCAAGGUUGCUAUGAAGGAGGUUGAGGACCAGAUGCGUAACGUGCAGAACAAGAACUCGACCUACUUUGUCGAGUGGAUCCCCAACAAUAUCCAGACGGCUCUCUGCGCCAUUCCUCCUCGUGGCCUCAAGAUGUCUUCCACCUUUAUCGGCAACUCCACCUCCAUCCAGGAGCUCUUCAAGCGCGUUGGUGAGCAGUUCACCGCCAUGUUCCGUCGCAAGGCUUUCUUGCAUUGGUAUACUGGUGAGGGAAUGGAUGAAAUGGAGUUCACCGAGGCCGAGUCCAACAUGAACGACCUUGUCUCCGAAUACCAGCAGUACCAGGACGCUGGCAUUGAUGAGGAGGAAGGGGAAUAUGAGGAGGAGGCCAAUGCCGAAGAGACUUUGGAGUAG